AUGGGUGUUACAGUCGAAGUCCUCAAGCCAGGUGACGGCGUUCACUUCCCCAAGAAAGGUGACAGGGUCACAAUACACUACGUGGGUACCUUGCUGGACGGCCGCAAGUUUGACUCGAGCAGGGAUCGGGGACAGCCGUUCGAGACAGACAUUGGCAUAGGCAAGGUUAUCAAGGGAUGGGACGAAGGUGUACCACAACUAUCGCUCGGCGAGAAGGCUAUCCUGACUGCAUCACCAGACUACGCAUAUGGCGCUCGCGGUUUUCCUCCUGUAAUCCCGCCGAAUUCGACGCUGAAGUUUGAGGUCGAAUUGUUGAAGAUUAAUUGA